AUGGAUGAGGACGACACAAAUGUGGAACCAAUGUUUGAUGAUCACGGCUUUGAUGAAGGGUAUGACAUUGAUUCACUCAAAGACAUUGGGAUGAUUGAAUUUCACAACAUCAGGGACAAAGAUGUAUGUCACUUUCACUUUUCUGAUGUCGACAUUGCAUUUGAGUUCUAUAAUAGUUAUGCAAGGACAAGAGGCUUUAGUGCUCGGAAGAACAGGAUUAGGAAGAGUCGUGCGGGCAUACUUAAUUUGAAAAACUUUAUAUGUCAUCGUGAAGGAUUUAUACCACAAAAUAAUUAUGACAUUGGAAACUGUAAGAAGAAAUCCAUAUCAAAGACAAGGUAUGGCUGUAGUGCAAUGAUGGAGAUUCAUUUAGAUGCACCUGGUGGUCAUUAG